AGGGUGUGUUUUCUGAAGCACUGCAGCAUCAUCAGAUAGAAAAUUCUGAAGAAAAGACUCAGAGGACAGGAGACGGAAGACAGAGAGAGAAAGAAAGACAGAAUACAGACUCAGAGGAGAAUAAGGACAGAGAGACACAAAGAGAGACAAACGGAUAAACCAGAAGAAAGGAGACGGAGAGAGAGAGAGAGAGAAAGAGAGAGAGACACCUACAGAGAGGGAGGAAGUGCGUGUUUUGUGUGUGCCUGGUCGUGUGCAUCCCUCUGGAUGGGACAUUGAGAGAUGUGUGUGUCACAGCGUCAAUGGACGGGUUUCAGGGCACCGUGCCCCCCUGUCCUCCCCCUCCUCCUCCUCGCUCUGUCCUUGCUGUCAUCCAUGCCGCUGCUUGCUCAGGGCGCCAUCAACAUCCCCAAAGACUACAAAGUGCAGAACAUAUCGCAGCCUCCAGUCCUGACAGAGACGCCGGUAUCGCUCACCGCCUUUUCUACAGAAGACAUCAACCUGCCCUGUGAGGCCUCCGGGAACCCCACGCCCACUUUCCGCUGGGUGAAGGACGGCGAGGCGAUCGGCUCGGAGCGUAAAGAGUCCGGGACGCUGCGAGCCGAAGACGAGGUUCCUCUCAGCUCGUAUGAAGGCUUGUACCGCUGCUACGCCUCCAACAGCCUGGGCACCGCCGUGACGCAGAGCAUCCAGGUCAUCGUGGAGGCUCAGCCAGUUCUUCCUAAACAACAGAAAGUUCAUAAGAGCGGUAAGGAGGGGGAGAGCAUGAUGCUGACUUGCAACCCUCCAGAGAGCUCCACCCCUCCAAACAUCCACUGGAUGGACAAGAGGAUGGUGCAUAUCAAGCAGAGCGACAGAGUGAUGGUCGGCCUCGACGGGAACCUUUACUUUUCUAAUCUUCUGAAGACCGACAGCAGAGACGACUACAUCUGCAACGCCCAGUACAUUACAGCCGGAACUGUCCUCCCUGAUACCGCUGUCAGACUCACCGUGCUGCCCAGUAAUGAUGUGGUUCACGGCAGGAAGCCUCACCUCUUCCGUCCCGCGGGUUCUCACACCUCUCUGCUGGCCCUCAGAGGUCACAGCAUUGUCCUUGAAUGUAUCCCCAAAGGCCUACCGACUCCGAAGGUGAAAUGGACGAAGAAGGACGGCGACCUGGAGAAAACCAGCGGCCAGGUGGACGACUACGGUCGGCAGCUUCGCUUCUACAACAUCACUGAGGGAGAUGAUGGUGAAUACGAGUGCAGAGCCUUUAACGACCACGGCUCCACCUCACACCGUUUCACACUCAGUGUUGAAGCCUCUCCGUACUGGGUGAAGCAGCCAGAGAACCUACUCUACUCUCCAGGAGAAACCGUUCGACUCGACUGUCAGGCUGAUGGCAUCCCGACCCCGUCUAUCACCUGGAGCAUCAACGGCCAGCCACUUACAGAGGUGGACGAUGAUCCUCGCCGCAGCGCGUCUGGUGGUGUGUUGAUCCUGAGAGACGUAGAGUUCACCGACACGGCGGUGUAUCAGUGCGAGGCCGCCAACAAACACGGCUCCAUCCUGCUCAACACCCACCUCUACGUCGUGGAGCUCCCUCCUCAGAUCCUGUCGUCUGAUGGAGUCGUGUACCAAGUCAUUGAGGGCGGAGACAUCGUGCUGUUCUGUGAAUCCUUUGGCUCGCCGCGACCGCACAUCACAUGGGAGGGGGAGGACAAUGUGCCUCUGCUGUCCGACCCUCGUGUCUCGCUGCAGACCGACGGGACCAUCAAACUGUCUGGCGCCAGCCUCAGUGACAGCGGAGAGUACACCUGCUCCAUCAUACUCACCGACAUCUCCAUCACCGCUCACCUGGAAGUCCUCAAUCGAACCGUGAUCCUGGUGAGACCACAGGACGUGCAAGCGCUCAGAGGAAGCAGCGCUCUGCUGGACUGUGACUUCUACAAAGACCCUCGGCUGCUCAAGUUCCAGAUUAAAUGGAGAAAAGAUGGACAGGAGGUGCAGGAAUCGUCUCCAGAUGACAAACGCAUUAUCUUUGGGAAUGGCACCUUAAAAGUGACAGACAUCCAAUCAGACGAUGGCGGGGUUUAUUCCUGUGAGGUCAUCACUGAUCUGGACCAUGUGAAGGCCAGCGGCUCCAUCACGGUUGUCGCCCGGCCGGACCCUCCUAAAGAUCUGUCUCUGUCUGAUGUUGAGGACCACCACCUCACUCUGAGCUGGAUCCCAGGAAACUCACACAACAGCCCCAUCAUAGAGUUCAUCGUGGAGGCCCGGGAGGAGCGACACACAGAGGAGGGGAAGUGGCGGUGGGAGGAGUGGAAGAGAGUUCCUGGGGAAUUCAACCACCUGGAGCUGACCCUCCAUCGUUUCUGCACUUACCGCUUCAGGGUCACCGCUAUCAACGAGCUGGGCCACAGCGACCCCAGCAAGCCCUCACAGACAUACGAAACGCCGCCAGGUGUUCCUGACAGUAACCCGACGGGUGUGCGCAGUGAGUCCACAGACCCAAAGACUCUGCUCAUCACCUGGGAUGAGAUGGACAAGCGCUUACAUAACAGCCACGGCUUCCUGUACAAGGUGUUCUGGAGAAAGGCUGAUAGUGUACACUGGAACCACCAAGACGUAACGUCUCCGCCGUUCAGGGUAAACAACACUGGAACGUACACACCGUUUGAGAUCAAAGUCCAGGCUGUCAACUCUCUCGGAGAAGGACCGGCACCGGAGCCAGAGAUCGGACACUCUGGAGAGGAAGAGCCGGCGGAAGCACCGACUGGAGUCACAACGACUGUGAUGAACAGCACGGUCCGAGUCAAGUGGAACGAAGCCCAGAACGUCCGAGGUCUGCUGCAGGGAUACAAGAUAUACAUCAGGAGGUUGGGUCCACAUGGGGGUCGGGGCCGCAGGUCUCUGGGAAACCUGCACAAGGAGAGAGAGAAAGAGGAAAGAUCCGAGCGAGGGAUGGACAGAAACAGGGAGAGUCGGGUGGUGGUGGUCCGCGGUACGAAGACCUCAGAGGAAGUGUCGGGGCUGCAGCUGUACUCUACCUACGAGCUGUCCAUCACGGCCUUUAACAGCAAAGGAGAGAGUCCUCCCUCCUCCCCACACAGCUUCAGCACCCCCGAGGGAGCACCCGGUCCUCCUGCAUCGUUGAGUUUCGAGAGUCCUUCUGAUAAAUCCCUGAUUCUGUACUGGACUCCUCCAGAAGAAACUAACGGGCUCCUGCUGGGAUAUGUGGUGCAGUAUCGACAGGAGGUGGAGAGCACACUGCAGAUGCAGAUUAUCAGUGAUCCCAGUGUGACUCACAUUGAGUUGGACUCUCUGGACCCCAGCAGCCAUUACAUCUUCAAAGUGAUCGCACGCACCGCCGCCGGAGACGGACCACCUAUCACACGGAGGGGCGCCACCCUGCUGGAAGGAGUUCCUCCGUCCAACAUCACCAUCGUUUCCAGCAACACGUCCCUCAACCUGAGCUGGGUUCCCGGAGACAGAGAAAGGAACCACGGCUUCGUCAUCCGCUACCUCCGGAAGAGUCCCGGGGCUCAGUGGGAGGAGUCAGAGGUGGUGAACUCCACGCAGGCUUUCUAUUCGCUGACAGGCCUUCAUCCAGGAUCUCAGUACCACCUGAUGAUCAAACACGGGAACGACACUCAGUGGGAAGACGUAACGUGGACCAUUGGACCAGUGCCGUCGGAGAUGCCCGGGGGCUUCGCCACUCAGGGCUGGUUGAUCGGACUGAUCAGCGCCAUCGUGCUGCUGGUGCUGAUCCUGCUCAUCCUCUGCCUCAUCAAACGCAGCAAGGGAGGCAAAUACGCAGUGAAGGACAAAGAAGAGAAGGAGGUGGAUUCUGAAGCUCGGCCAAUGAAAGAUGAGACCUUCGGAGAGUACAGAUCUCUGGAGAGCGAUGUGGAUGAGAAGCGCUCGGACAGCCAGCCGUCUCUGUGCGUCGAGAGCAAGCUGGGCAGCGACGACUCUCUGGCGGAGUACGGAGACAGCGUGGACAUCCAGUUCAACGAGGAUGGCUCCUUCAUCGGCCAGUACAGUGGCCGUGGGCCCGUUCCCCACGGCAACGAGAGCUCCGGCCCCGCCUCUCCCGUCACCACUGUCCCGCCUCCGCCCAUUGCUCCGUCCAUGUCAAGCAUCCUCAACCGGCCCAGCUAGACACACACACACACACCACACAUGUAUUACACACACACUCAUUACACACACAGACACACACUGCCUGCAACAAAACACACUGUCUGAAUACAUUCCACAGGUUUAUGCAGUGACGAUGUUUACAGGAUGUCUCAGCUUUUCUACUCAGAGUUUAUACACACACACACACACACACACACACACAGACACACACAGACACACA